AUGGGCUUUCUUCACGCGGCUUCGUCGCCUGACCGGUGCCUUCUGUCUCGCUCCCAGGGCAUGGAGGUCAAGGGCCAGAUGGUCCACUGUCCGGAGUCCCGCGCGCUGCUCUUCCUGGGCUCGCCCGUGGUGGACGGCGGCCUGUCGGCCAUGCUGCGCCGCGGCCUCUACAUCUCGGACGUGCCAGUGCACGACGCCACGCGCGACAUCCUCCUCGUGGAGGAGCAGAGCCGCGCCCAGGACGGCCUCAAGCGGCGCAUGGACAAGAUACGCGCCUCCAUCCAGGAGGCUAACCUGGCCGUGGAGGAGGAGCGACAGAAGAACGUCGACCUGCUGCACCUCAUCUUCCCGCCAAGGGUGGCGAGGAAACUGUGGCUCGGAGAAUCAAUGGAGGCGCAGCAACAUGACCAGGUGACCCUGCUAUUUUCGGACAUCGUGGGCUUCACGGCCAUCUGCUCCACGGCCACUCCUAUGAUGGUCAUCAACAUGCUCAACGCCCUAUACACGCAGUUUGACCAGUUUUGUGGAGAGCUUGACGUCUACAAGAUCGAGACGGUCGGAGACGCGUAUUGCGUGGCCAGUGGACUGCGCAAGCAGGUGCACACGCACGCACAACAGGCCGCCUGGAUGGCGCUCAAGAUGAUGGCGGCCGCUGGACAGGUCCACUCACAUGACGGGAAGCCUAUACAGAUGCGCAUCGGCCUGCACACGGGCCUGGUGCUGGCGGGCGUGGUGGGCGUCAAGAUGCCCCGCUACUGCCUCAUCGGCAACGACGUCACCCUCGCCAACAGGUUCGAGUCCGGCAGCAUCGCCAUGCACAUCAACGUCAGCCCCACCACGCACAGGUUACUGGUGCACACCGAAGGUUUUCGUUUCGAAGCCCGGCCACGCGAGUGCUUGCCGGAGGGCUUCCCGGAGCACAUCAAGGGAACCUGCCACUUCCUCAAGGGAUUUUACCACCCCAAGCUGGACCCGGCCGAACCAUUGGACGUGCACAUACGAAAGGCCCAACGGGAACUGCGAAUGGACGCCUCGCAGACAUGGCUCGCCUGAAUGGGUGGCCCCCGACGCAGUUAUAGGACACGAAGGAAUUGCCGAUCGCCUUUCUCUGAGCACUGCCGAUGAUGGGCGUGCUUGAGAUGUGCGCGUAGACUGUCUAGCUGAGGACGUUCCAAGCAACGGAAUUCAAGGGCACGCAGAGCGGACAGGUUGGAGCGUUGACGCUCAAUGAGACUUGCUCAAAGUGCGGUGUUGUGGGACGCAACUGCGGUGACAGUGGUCGUCGUGUUCCAAUUCCAGCGCGUGUUUGCGCACAUGUUGGUGGUCCGGUGCGUGAGUGCGUGAACCACCGUUAUGCUAAAGGCAUAGCCCGGAUUGCUCUAAACAGAGAAGCGGGAAAAAAGAUUCACGUUCAGCAGGGCACUACAUACUUGUUUCAAGUGCGUCACUGUGUCAAUUUCCCGCAGCUUAAUGUCUUUUUUUUUAACUUACGGAUUUAUUCAAAACGUGCCGAAAGCUUGUUCCCAUAGCACGCGUAAAGUAAAAUGUUUUGACAAUGUGUCGCGGCUUCCACUCUGGUCGCAUGCGGGAAACUUAAGAGCCCUGAAAACAACUUGCGAAUUCAUCCGUGUACGUAUUCCGGAGCGGAACUGUCCUAGACAUUGUUCACGCAGAAGCCGCAAGGUUGACGGACGAAGACAAAAAGAUAUGACAAGGUGGAACGACAGCUGGUGAUAUUAGCUCAAUUUCAUUUGUCCAAGGUGUCGUUCACCUGCAGCAGAGCCAAUGUCAUGGCAAGAGAAGGCUGCCCAGCAAGCUUUGUGAAGGUAAACGCUGUUGCAGUGUUUCAUGUGUAGAGUUACCUGUUCCCGUGCACUUAGCCAGUAAAAUAAGCCCUGCAAUUUAACAUUACGCUCUUUCCGAUGGGAGCAGCUUAAUAUAUGGAAAAACUAGAAUUAAUAACGGAAGAAAUUGGCAAGAAUACAAAAAUGUUAAGAAAUAUGAUAAAUCUUUUUAAUUGGUUCUUACAAUCUACUUCUCAUCAAUUCACUGUUUUUAUCUUGUGUACGCCAUUGUUUCCUAUUAAGUGAUUAUGAUAUUUAUCAACUCCGUGGCUUCAUAUCAGCUAGCCAUCAAAGCGCUCUCUUACGUCAUUCGCUGUAUCUCAGGCGAUCACGGUGAAUAACAAACAGAGCGCAAUUUCUUAAUGACCAGUAGCAAAGGCAACAUCUUCCAAACAGGAGGACAUUAUCGUACUUCAGAUGUGUUUAAACACAGCUGUUGCCGUUGUUUCUGUUUACAAAAUUCGUUAUAUUUUUCUUCGACUAGGGCGGUGGAAUGGGGAGGGGCUGAUACUCACGGUAAAUGUAGAUGAAUGACGCGCUAUAUCGUCGGAAUUCAUGUUGUCGACAGAGCGCUGAAAGCGGAAUUAGCCGUAGGCGCAGACUUGUGUUUCAAUUUUCACCAAUGUAGGCUAAGCCUUUGGCUCUGCACGGCUUUGUUUUAGUAAGCGCCUAAAGAUCAAGAUGUUUUGUUCAUUCCAUUUCUUUAUUCAGGAAGAUUGCUAUACGUAGCAUUGCGUCACCGAUUAGUUUGUUAUCGCUGUUGACAUGAAAUGUUCGCUGUUGUUGUCGUGGUAAUUGCAGCUGGCCAGUAUUGCAAAUUAGCAGCUAGAAACGAACAGCACUCGUUUGGUGAAUGUCGCGCACGAAGGAAGAUUAGUGUUUUAGCAUGUUGGUUGUGAUGUUUUAUGGUGUAGUUCUCAUGUCGAACAUUCGCCACGUAAUUGACAGGGUUUCGAGUGGGAUGCUUGAAAAGUUAUUUUUUUUGUGUGUGUGUGUGCGUUUCAUACCGUGGCACCUGCCAGUUUUAUUGUUCCGGAAAAUAGGAUUAUUUCAGUGCGUGUAUUUUGAAUACGUAAGGCUUGGCGUGAUCGUGAACACACCUUAUACCACUGAGGAACACGGUCACAUCUUAUCCCGCUCGCUGGGAUCUGUUCGCCGGCUUCAGCGUGUGAUGUAUGUUUUAUUACAACAGGUCGUGGUUAUUGCUCGCUACUUGGCUCCUGUACGCUCACUGCAGUUAUUAUGCGAAACUUUUCUGUUUCCUUCGUUUGCAACAGUCAUAUUCACUGAAACAUUGUUAUUGCGAAGUCGUCAGUAAAGGCAUCGAUUUUUUGCACUGUUUAUCACAAAAUACGACCAGGUUCCUGAGAAUCGAGAGCCACGCGAUGGCCAAAUCGAUCAUUCUGCAAACUCAAUAAAUUUUCGUGUGAUUAAUAUUUGGUUAUGCUAUGGUAUUUUCUGCAAGGAGUUACAAGGUAUGACCGAUAGAGCCCGUGUCGUAAGUGUUCAGGAGGCUGUUGUAGAGAUGAUGCAUGACAGAAAUUGUUCUAAUAAAAAAAUGAAAA